CUCAUCUACACUUAGUGCAUCAGAAUGUGAAAAUGAAGAAAGUAAAUUGGAAUUUAUUGAACCAACUACACACAACAUGCCGACCAGAAAGAGAAAGAGGAAAUACAUUGCAGAUUUGUCCAGCAGUGACUUCUCUACGCCAGAGAAGCGAAGAAGGAGUCUUCAAAAUGUGAAAAGAGUUGUUGUAAUGCAAAGGACAAAAAUACGUACCCUCACAUCAAAAGUACGUCGACAGAAACUCCGCAUUACAACCUUGAAGAAUUUGGUAUCAUUACUGAAUGAAAAGUAUCAACUCACUGAAAGAUCACAGCAGGCAAUUUUAGCAUCAAUUCCUAAAACAGCAGGUGAUAUCUUCAGGCGGAUGAUGAGAGGAUCCAGUAGGCAAAAAUAUGAUCCCAGUUUAAGAACAUUUGCUCUUACACUGGCCUUCUAUUCGCCUAAAGCUUACAAUUAUGUGACCUUCAAAGAAGAAAGACUUACGGAAAUUUACAUAAAGCAAGUGAAAUGGUGA